AGAAGGCACAAGAGAAGGUUACGGAACGAAGACCCUUGCACACAGUUACCCUGGCCUUGCCAGAUCACAGAGUUGACCCAGAGAUUCUGUUGAAUGAUUACAUUGAAAAGGAAGUAAAGAUACCUCCACCUGCAAGUUCCUUUCCAAGUCAAACACCAUACUGAGUUGGAAUGAUGUCACUGUUCACUCACUGCCACUUGAUCAACCUCUUGGAACACCCUCACUAACAGCACUGUGGGUGUAUCUACAUCACAUGGACUGCAGUGGUUCAAGAAGGAAACUCAACACUACCACCUCAGACAGUUGAGGAUGGAUUAUAAAUGUUGGCCUUGUCAGUGACGCCCACAUGCCAAGAGUGAAUAAACCCCUCUGCAGCCAGAUAAUCCCCUGGGAAAGGUGAAGACCACGGACAAUAUCAGGAAAAACUUUAAAAAAAAAACUCCCCUGUGACACUGCCCAAGAUUCAGUAAAUGUUUUAAUAUUCAUGAUCCCUCUCAUGUAUUUAGGGCAGCUCACUUCAGUGCCUGGGUAUUUGAAUCCAUCCAGUCGAACUGAGAUAUUGCACUUGUUAGAUAAUGCAAGGAGGGCACAUCAGCUCCCAGGGCCGCUGACACAAGAACAGGAUGCAGUGAUUAGUGUGUCUGCGUACAAUAUUAAAGUGGUGUGGCGAGAUGGAGAAGACAUUAUCCUCAGAGUUCCAAUCCAUGACAUUGCAGCCGUCUCUUACAUCCGAGACGAUUCCCUUCACCUGGUCAUUUUCAAAACUGCUAAUGAACACGGGAAUUCAACCAGUCAGAACACUGAAGGUUCCACUAAAAUGCAGAUGUCAGUGUCAGAAAGUGGAGCUGGAACCAUGGAAGCAUGUAGUCUGGUGGUGGUUGUUGUAGAAAACAAAGCAGCUGCAGAAGAACUCUGUUCUCUUCUUAGUCAAGUCUUCCAAGUUGUUUACACAGAGUCCACAAUAGACUUUUUGGAUAGAGCAAUAUUUGAUGGUGCUUCUACCCCAACUAAGCACAUGUCUAUAUACAGUGAUGAUUCAAGUAAAGUGGAUGUUAAAGAGCCGUAUGAUGCAGAAAUUAGUAACUUGUCUUUUCAUGGUUCAGAUACUGGGGGAAAUUCACCAUCUUCAACUCUACCAUCACCUCAAAUCAAAAAUGUUAGUGACAGUGAACUCAGUACUUCUGCAGCUGAACUGCUUCAGGAUUACAUGAUGACACUGAGAACAAAGUUGACGUCUGAAGAAAUCCAGAAGUUUGCUAUGCUUCUCCAUGAAUAUCGAAAUGGUGCCUCAAUUCAUGAAUUUUGCAUCAGUCUUCGACAGUUGUAUGGUGAUGGUAGAAAGUUUCUUUUGCUCGGGCUCCGACCUUUCAUUCCAGAAAAAGACAGCUUACAUUUUGAAAAUUUUCUAGAAACUAUUGGUGUCAAGGAUGGAAGGGGCAUUAUAACAGACAGUUUUGGCCGAUAUAGAAGGACUUUGAGUAAUGCAUCCAAUUCAACUACGAACGGUAAUGGAGCAACUGCAGGCUCAGAUGAUCAGUCGGUGCCUUCUGAAGGUGAUGAAUGGGACAGAAUGAUUUCUGAUAUUAGUCAUGAUAUUGAGGCCCUUGGCUGCAGUAUGGAUCAUGAUUCGUCUUGAAACUGAAAUAUUUGCACAUCCUGUCAGCCUUCAGACUUCUUUCUUAUGCAGAUGUGUUCCUAAAUGAAGUUUACUACAAUGUGAAUAUUUAAAUAGAUUGUUAAAACAUUUCUACAAAAUGAAGAACAUGAAGAAAUCAGGCCAUAUAAUUUUUUUUAUUGUUGAAAAUACUGCAGAUUUGUAUUCGAACCUUUUGUAACAAAGCAAAUAGCUGUUAUGCUUAAUUGUUUCCAGUAGUGGGCAAGACCUUCCUUGUCAUUUCACAUGGUUUUGUAUUUUAACUGCACAAAGUUACAUAUUGCAGUAUAUUGUGAUGUCAGGGAUGAUUUAAUUCACUUCUGGGCACACUUCUCAUUUUCAGCCUGUAGCUCCAAGAAAUUGAAGUUUGUAUGUCCCAUUUCUGCUCUAUGGUGUUGCAGCAUGUGAGAUGAUGUCUGGUGCUAGCAAAUAAUACUGCACACUUCAACAACCUGUGAAUCUUGACGGCUGCAUGUUAAAAUGUAGCUGCUGAAAUUUGCCUGAAUGUGACCCAAAUAGGCAAUGUAUUUCCUAUUAUCCUCAUGGAAGGUGCAGAAGAGCUGGUAUAUCAUUGUGAAGAUUUGAGCUUACAUAUAGUUGCAGUGCAUUAUUGCUAUUGCAAAUAAUUUUAAAAUCUUCAUCAAAACAAUUCAAAUAAUUGACAUAUUUCUCUAAGAGAGAAUCUUGCUGCAGACCUUAUGUUCUGCCAUCAACUAAAGGCUUUAAAAAUCCCUGCAAAGGUUUGCUAUUAUCCCUGCAAUAUCUAUGGUCUGUUUCCAUUUUCAAAUAAGGGAAAGCAUCAUAUCAGUUAAAUUUGUAGAGUUUUAAACAAAGGUUUAAUGUUCUAGUGAAACGAACGAUAGGGUGCACCAUAAUGGUGUGUCUGUAAAUUGAUACUUUUUAAACUGUCCUUUCUAUUUCUGCACACCCAAUGCAAAUAUUUUUAAAUUUAAAUGCUAAUUAAAAAUAAGGAUUAUUUAAUCAUGCCCCAUUCAGUUGCAGAUUUUUCAUGUAAGAUGCUAUCUUGACUCUCCCAUUUAAUGAGGACUAAGGUGAAGGAACAAACCUUCAAGAAAUCAUAGCAAUGUAACUUCUAAACUUGGACAAUAGUCCCUUUGGGUGCUGUAUAUAGACUGCAUUUAAACUACCCUUUUUAAUUAGUAUAUCGAUUUGUUUAUUGAUAUCACUCAACAUUUACCAGUAGAUGUAAUGUAUUCUAUAUGUAUGUGACAAUGUGCAGUGAGUAGAAUAUGUGAAAUUAAUAUGCAGAGCAUGUGAAAACAAGAAAACCUGAAAGAAUAGGAUCUGCUAGUACUGCCAGUAUAAUGCCCCUUGGAUCCACUUCAGGUUAAUGUGCAUCAUAGCUGCUUCAAUAUCCUAGCUGUUGUUUUGAUGUGAAGCAACUUGGUAGCAAUAGUUCAAGUGCUUUGAUUUUAUGCUUAGGUUGUAAACCGAACUGCAAUAUUAUACUAUAAUAGCAAUAUGUGUUAAAUCUGCAAUAUUCCUUCCCAAAGUCAAUGCUAUUUUCUAUUUAUUCUGUCAUAACUUCAAAUUUGAACAAAUUGAAAACCAAUGACAUUAUACUGGCAGACGGCAUGAUGGGUUUGCCAGUGUGGAUGUUAGGAACUAAGUGUGUGUACCCAAGAAAGUGGAUGAGUGUGUAUGAUGUCAUUGGAGUGAUUGCCUUCUUUUAAAUAUUGAAAAGGAGUUAAGGAAGAUACAGCUGUAUUAACGAAAGAUUUCAAGUACAAGUAGAUGUAAAUGUUUGGACUAUUCAGGUACAAGGAGGGUGGGUGGAAAAUGAAGCUGUCCACUCUGGAUAUGAAUAUUAGAAGUCUGUUGUUUUCUGCAUCAAUUGCCAUUGCGAUGAUACCUUUUUUGGCUGUUUGUUUUGUUACAUCCCAUUUGACUGAAGUUAUCCUUUUUGUAUAUUUAUUUCUUCCAACCUGCUUGGAAAUUUGCCCAUUUACUUUACAAGUAUGUACAACUUAAUUAUGCUCAUUUACACCCUGAAUAGAAUACCUGCAAAAACAAUUCAAUUUCAAGCUUGUUGUGGCACUAAAGGACCAAUGUGCAUGUUUUGUAAGGCUUACCUGUUAUUUUCAAGCUGUAGACUGUGAAUUCUGGAGGAUGAGUGGCCAUCUUCAAACCUUUCUGCUUCUGACCAACUAAUUCUGGUGGUGUUGAAGUGCAAUUUGCUGUUUUGUUCCAUUGGUCAAAUACUUCACCUAUUGUCAAACUACCAACUGGGUUAACUGAUACAACCCAGACAUUCACAAUGAAGCCGAAAUGAAGGCUGAGAUUCUAACUCAAGUUUGCAUGCUUAGCAAAGCAAUCUAACCAUGCAGACUGGUUUACUCCAAUCACUUGUCAGUUGAACUGUUUAUCUGUAGUAUAGCAUAAUUUAGGUUUUCAUAAUCUGGUUUGUUUAAACAGUGAAGCUUUGGUGUGCUCUAUAGUUAAUCAUAGUUGAAUGUUGGGGUUGUUUUUUCCAGCGAAGGUGAUGAGAAUCAUUUGCUCUUGGUAUUCUGAUGCAACUGAGAUCACUUGAAAAGUGAGGUGGGCAAGGAUAAAAUGAAAGUUGAUUCCUUAAAUGCAAAUCCUUUUUAAAUCACCUCCAUUCUGCAUGUAGCCAUUUUCUCAGUUAGGAAUAGAACAAUAAUUCAUUUCAGGAUUGCUAUCAGAGAUGUGUAAUGGUGAAUGAAAAAAUGAGGUCAAGAAUUUUUGAUGUUUUCUCUCUUUAAACCAAAACUAGCAGUAUUAUAGUUUAAUUGUGAUUAAGUUAUAGAAUAGUACAGUAAGAAUAUUUUCUGAUGCCUGUUAAAAGGCACCACAACAGAACUUAUCCUUGCUGCAGGAUAUUUUUGGGACAGAAGUGCACUUCACACUGGAACAUGUGAAAUAGUUAAUUAGCCAGUGAGGCAUACUAAUUUGUCUUAAUGCAAUAAUUUGAAUUUUACUCCCUGCAAAUUUACCUGCAGCGUCCAUUAUUUGCUUGAUACAGAACCUGGCCUUGUUUGCUGAAAAUAUUAAUCUGGUAAAUAUAACUCCCUCACCAUGGGGAAUAUAACUGUCUUCAGCAUAAGUAGCAGAGCUGUAAUAUUUCAAACUAGGUCAAAUGCAUAUUUAUUUUGGGGUCUAUUUAUGUCCAGUCUGUUUAAUAAAGGAGACUUUGCAUCUUU